AGAAGAAGAAGAAGAAGAAGAAGAAGAAAAGAGGGAAGAGGACGGAUCAUUUAGAGAGAGACAUGGGAGGAAAAAUAAGAUGAGGUGUAUUUGAAUGUAUCUCCUCUGUGAGGCUUCCAUAGCGACGAGGGAGAGUGGCUCUGCAGCCUCCGGCAUCUUCAGCAUCUUCAGCAUCUUCAGCAUCUUCAGCAUCUUCAGCAUCUUCAGCCUCUUCAGCAUCGCUGCGUUGGUCGACUGGGAGCCGUUGAAGUCGGGGGGAAAACUUUGCCCGGCUGUUGGGAUUUUAUUCGAUCGAAGUGGAAGGAGGAUUUCAGUAAAUCUGAGACACAAACAUGAAUCAAACUGCAUCCGUCUCGCAUCAGAUUGAGUGUCAGCCAAUCAAGGACAGCAAGGAGUUUGUGGACGUCAGCCCCGCCCAGAGAAACUGGAAGGGCAUCGCCAUCUCCCUGCUGGUGAUCGUGGUGGUGUGCUCGCUCAUCACCAUGUCGGUGGUCGUCCUCACACCCGCGGAGCAGCCCAGCAGCGGCCGAUCCCGGCUGACCGUGGCGGAUCUCUACAAACCAGAGUUCAGCGUCCACGACCCCGAGGCCAAGUGGAUCAGCAACUCAGAGGUGGUGUACAGGAACCGAGACGGUCACGUCAUCAAGUUCAACUUCGCCUCCAACGAGACGGAGGUCAUUCUGACCAACAGCACGUUUGUGGCCUUCAAGGUGGUGAAGUAUUCGCUGUCUGCGGAUCUGAAGUUUGCGCUCUUUGCUUACGAUGUCAAACAGAUGUACAGAUAUUCGUACACGGCGUCGUACAUCGUUUACAACAUCUACACCAGGGAGGUGUGGGAGCUGAACCCUCCAGAGGUUCACGACGCAGUGCUCCAGCAUGCCGCUUGGGGAACACAAGGACAGCAGCUGAUCUACAUCUUUGAGAACAACAUCUACUACCAGGCAGAUGUGAAGAGCAACUCCCUGAGAAUCACCUCCUCCGGGAUGGAGGGAGUCAUCUUCAACGGACUGACCGACUGGUUGUACGAAGAGGAGAUCCUGCGCUCCCACUUGGCUCACUGGUGGUCGCCCGACGGAGAGCGGCUGGCUUUCCUCACCAUCAACGACUCCCUGGUGCCCAGCAUGGUGCUGCCCCAGUUCACCGGCAACACCUACCCCAGAGGACUGCAGUACCCGUAUCCUGUGGCCGGUCAGAAAAACCCCACCGUCAAGCUGUCAGUGGUCAACCUGUUCGGAGCGACGCACACGCAAGAACUGCAGCCUCCUGAUCUGCUCAGGGAUUUCUACGUCACCAUGGUGACGUGGAUCAGCAACACUCACCUGGCGGUGCGCUGGGUCAACCGGCCCCAGAAUGCAUCACUGCUGACGGAGUGCGACGCCACCAUCGGCGCCUGUAAGCCGCGACACGGGGACUCUUCUGAGACCUGGCUCUCCAUGCAGACACAGGAGCCGCUGUUCUCCAGGGACAGGAGCAGGUUCUUUCUGUCUCUGCCCGUGAAACAAGGAGGCCAGGGCGACUUCCACCACGUCACCAUGUUCUCCAGGAAGCUCCGAGGUGAUCAGGACGAAGUCCGACACCUGACGUCUGGAGACUGGGAGGUGACGGAGCUCUUGGCCUACGACGAAAACAACCAGAUCAUAUACUUUCUGAGCACAGAAGACGCUGCAGAACAAAGACACGUCUACAGCGUGUCCACCCUGGGCCUGUUUCCACGGCGAUGCCUCACCUGCGGACUGAAGGAGGGCUGCUUGUUCUUUGCCGCCGACAUCAACCCCGACGCGCAGCACGCCGUCCUGCACUGCAAAGGUCCGGGAGUUCCAGCGGUGCUGCUUCUGAGUCUGGACGAUGUGGACUCGUAUUUCAUCUUGGAGAACAACCUCCCCCUGCGGUCGGCGCUGGAGGCCAAAAAGAGGAUUCAGACUGAAAUCCGGACGAUCUCUAACGAUGACUUUGAGCUGCCGCUGAAGCUCAUCUAUCCUCCCGACUUCACCGAGUCCUUCCUCUACGGCCUCCUGCUCGUUGUCAUCGGCUCGCCGGGCGGCCAGGCGGUGACGGAGGAGUUCGGGCUGGACUGGGCCUCGGUGCUGGCGGGGUCGGACCAGGUCGUUGUGGCGCGGCUGGACGGCAGAGGGUCAGGGUCCAGAGGUCAAAGGGUUGCGCAGCAGGUCCACCGGCGGCUCGGCUCCGUGGACGCAGACGACCAGAUAGCAGCUCUGGAAUACCUGUCCAAGCUGCCCUUCAUCGACCGCACUCGCGUGGGCGUCUUCGGAGAGGACUACGGCGGCUUCCUCGCGCUCACGAUGCUCAAGUCCACGGUGGAGCUGAUCGGAUGCGCUGCGGCUCAGGCUCCCGUCACCGACUGGUCCAUGUACGCGUCUGCGUUUUCGGAGCGAUACCUCGGAUCGCCUUCAACUGAGGAGAACUCGUACCAAGCAUCCAGAGUCCUGAGCGACAUGAAGGGCCUGCAGGGAGGAACUCUGUUCCUGGCCUCAGGCACAAGCGAAGCAAACGUCCACUUCCAGCACUCGGCAGAGCUCAUCAAACACUUGAUCAGGAUCGGAGCCAACUACACCAUGCAGAUCUACCCGGACGAGGGACACUUCCUGUCCACGCGCAGCCACAUCCAGCUGACUCAAUCCUUAAUUAACUACUUCAGCGGAUGUCUGCUCGACUCGGCGUCCUCGCUGGACCGCCAGCAGCACGAGGACGACGCGUGAGAGGCGCCCCGUGCGUGUCCCUGGUAGACUGGAGCGUGCGUGUGUUUUUAUGCCGGUAGCACAACACGUGAUGGCCAAAACAAGCUCCUCCUCCUCGACAUUUCAGACUUCGUUUCUAAGAGCUAAAGUGGUUCUGAGUACCUGAAAUAUCGCAUCUCGCUCUCAAAAUGCUACAUAAUGUGGGGGGAUGUUUGGAGGCUCAAUUCAAAUCGCUCACAAAAUCUACUGGAGCCUUAAUUUGUGCUAUUUUCGACAAGUAACGGCAUUCAUAUUCAUGCCUAAAUACGCAAAAAUCAAAGUAAAGAUGACAUAAGAUGCUCCCACGUUGUAAUUUAUCUCUCUGAUUCUGCUUCUGAGAGGCAGUGCGACUCUUUCACACGGGGAACGUUUGAAAAGCAGUUUGUCAUAUUAAGUGUUGUGUAUUUAUUUUGCAAAGACUUUAAGCUUUAAAUUAGAGAGAGAUAGUGCUAAACACGUGUACUUAUUUAUCACGCUUAGUGUUAAAUCGAUUUGUUUUUUGAAUCAUUCUUUUGGGAUUCAGCUGAAUGGGGAUAAGUCAGAUGUAAGUUGUCCCACAGCACGAAAUAGUCCCUUUCGUUCUUCACGUGAGUUUGCUUUGGAGUUCGUCUGUGGUCAGUGGAUGUUUUAUUAGUUGCUGGUUCCUAUUCUCCCUUUUUAUACUUUCUACUGGUCGCAAAAAUGUUUUUAAACCACUUAAUGUUCCUUUUUUCACAAAACACACAUAUAUCAUGUGUUCCGUGAACUUAUGUGUCCUAAUUUGUUAAUAAAAAUGUGAUUCUGGAGGAGUUA